CAACUAAAAAGAGUUAAGGGGUCGAUGGGCUCCACUUGUUUGACCCGUUACCGAUUAGGCCUUGUCCAAGUUAUAGAUAGAAGCAGCAGAUAAGUUUAUGUCAGUUAUCAAUAAAACAAUGUUGACGAGUCGAGGCACCCAACCUGUUUGACCCAGUAUCCAUUAGACCUUGUCCAAGUUAUAGAUAGAAGCAUUAGAUGCAUAGAUAAGUUUAUAUUACAAAGAAACAAAACAAGGCACAUGUCACCCCAGCUGGUUACAUAUAAAGACAAUCCUAACCUCUUCCAAGCUUUACAAGUGUUAUAAGAUUCAAAAUGGUAUUGCACAAUGACAACCCGAACCGCUUGCCUAUGCAUAUAAAAAUAUUGUAUCUUAAUAUGACCUUUAGAACCAAGUAGAGAAAGAAGGGUUGUGUUUCAUGUUUGUGCAGAUGGAAGAAGCUGAUAUUGGAGUUACAGGUACAGAGACUAACAUAAAGAAUAAGGUGAUGGUGGCAAUUGACGAUAGUGAAUUCAGUGAUCAUGCUCUCAAUUGGGCCCUUAAAACCCUUCAUUCCACUAUCGUUGGUUCGGAACUUAUUAUCUACACUGCUCUAAACCAAGUUGACAUCGGCUAUUUCCCUGAGCUGAUUAAAAAGCUUCAAGAAAGUGAAAAGAAUGUUGCGUAUGAGUUACUAAAGAAAGCCAAAAGCACCUGCAGCGAUUAUGGGAUUACUGCAGAAGGAAUCACAGAGAUUGGAGACCCUAAAGUGGCUAUAUGCAAUGCGGUAGAGAAGUUUAACAUUCAGUUGCUUGUGGUAGGCAGUCAUGGUCGGGGAGCUGUUACAAGGACUAUCUUGGGGAGUGUCAGCAAUUACUGUGUCCACCAUGCCAAGUGCCCAGUUCUCGUUGUCAAGAAAACAGACUGAUAUUAUUGUAUGUGCACAAAUAAGAGCUUACUCGAAAAUAAUGUUGUUCAUGUUUGAACUAAAUGGAAUACAACUUACCUCCAAAAACCGAAUCAUUGCCAACUGCUUUAUAUGCCCAAUUACAUGCUGCUUUUAUUCCUUCAGUUGCAUAUCUGUUCAAAAUGUUCAGUGUUAAAAAUCCGCACUUUUAUGUCAUAUUGUUUAAAGGAAUGGUUUUGUACGUGU